GCACUAGUCCAGUAGAGUAUAGUAGCAGUCUCAUCUGCAUCUGCAUCUGGUCGCCGUUAAGUACGCUAGCUAGCUGCUUCCGGCAAAAGCUCCAAUUUUUAAAAGCUCGAGCUUUUUCAUUAGCAAGCAGCAGCAUACUCCUUGUUCCAGGCAGCUCUCCGUCCGCUCUACCCCCAUCAUCAAUGUCCAUGUCUCCCUCCCACACAACAACCAUCCUUCUUCCCCAGCUCCUAGUCCGCUGAUCCGCUCUCCUCUCACCAUCCCAAGCUAGCCAUGGCGGCCACGGAUGGCUUCAUGCGGCUCAUCAGGGAGCGGGACAACCGGGGAGCCCCCGCCUUCCACCUCGCCGCCCAUGACGCGGAGGAUGAGGAUGAGCCGCCCAUGUCGCCGUCGCUGUUCCUGGACCUGCCCCCCACGCCGCCGCGGCUGCUCGCCGCCGACGCGCCGGGCGACAUCGACCUGGACUUCAUCUCGCGGAUGCUGAUGGAGGAGGACAUCGACGACAGGUUCUUCUACCAGUACCCUGACCACCCCGCCAUCCUCUCCGCGCACCGCGCCUUCGCCCAGAUCAUCUCCGACGACAGAUCCGCUGCCGCCACAACCUCCUCCGACUACUGCUCCUCCGCCACCACCGGAGCCAAAUCCACGCCCACCACGUCCUCCUCCGACUCCCCCGACGCCCUCUCCGCCAGCCCCACCGCCGCCUGCUGGCCCCGCGAGUCCCCGGUCGACCUCAGCGUUGACUCCCACGCCGCUCUCCCCAAGGGAUCCGGCGACGAUUCCUUCGGCGCCGUUGACCGCAACGGCACCACAAGCACCGCGGAGAAGGAGAAGGAGAACGGGUCCAAGCCAGCGACGACGGCGACUUUUCUCGCUGGAGGCAGCGACGACGGCGCGUUCACGGCGUCGGCCUUCUUCAACGGCGGUGGCGCCAUGGACGACAUGCUCAGCCUGGCGUUCCGCAAGGGCAUGGAGGAGGCCAGCAAGUUCCUGCCCUCCGCCACCAACAACUCCCUCCUCGUCGACCCCGACUCCUUCUCCGGCGGCGACCAGGCGAGGAAGGAGGAGGCGGAUGGGUUGGGGACGCUCAUGUUCGGCAGUAGCAAUAAUGGCCGGAGCCGCAAGCACAGGCACUCCGACGACGAGGCGGAGGCGGAGGCGGAGGCCGGCAGGAGCAGGAAGGUCAUGGCGCCGGAGCCGGAGGAGGUGGGCACGGACGCGCGCCAGAUGUUCGACGAAAUCAUGCUCCACGGCUACGACUCCUGCAUGCAGGGGAUAGAGGACCUGCGCAUCGCCAUGGGCAGCGAGGCCGAGAGGAACAUCAGGAAUGGAACCGGCGGCAAGGCCGCUGCGGUGGCCCGGCGGGGGAAGAGGCGCGGCGCUGCGAGAAGCGAGCCGGAGGUGGACCUCCGCACGAUGCUCAUCCACUGCGCGCAGGCCGUGGCCACGGGCGACCACCGGAGCUCGGCCGACCUGCUCAGCCAGGUCAAGCAGCACUGCUCCCCGAAGGGUGACGCCACGCAGAGGCUGGCCUACUGCUUCGCCGAGGGCCUGGAGGCGCGCCUUGCCGGCACGGGCAGCCAGGUGUACCAGUCGCUCAUGGCGAAACGCACCUCUGUCGUCGAGUACCUCAGGGCCUACAAGCUCUACAUGGCGGCCAGCAGUUUCAAGAAGGUCAACAUGGCGUUCGUCGGCAAGACCAUCGUCGACGCCAUGGCGCCGGGGAAGGGGAGGGACCGGCUCCACAUCGUCGAUUACAACGUGCAGUAUGGGUUCCAGUGGCCGGGGUUGCUGCAGUGGCUGUCGAUCAGGGAAGGCGGGCCGCCGGAGGUGAGGAUCACCGGCAUUGACCUCCCGCAGCCCGGGUUCCGCCCAGCAUUCCAGAUCGAGGAGACUGGCCGCCGGCUCACCGACUGCGCCCGCGAGUUCGGCGUGCCGUUCAAGUUCCAUGGCAUCGCGGCAAAGUGGGAGACCGUCCGUGCCGAGGACAUAAACAUCGACCCGGAUGAGUUCCUCGUCGUCACCAGCCAGGCUGGUUUCGGCAACCUGCUGGACGAGAGCGUCGUCAUGGACAGGCAGGACAUCCCAAGCCCCAGAGACAUGGUCCUCAACAACAUAGGGAAGAUGCGCCCCGACGUGUUCAUUGACUGCGUGGUGAACGGGACCUACGGCGCGCCGUUCUUCGUGACGCGAUUCCGGGAGGCACUCUACUACUACUCAGCACAGUUUGACAUGCUGGACGCGACCAUCCCCCGUGACAACGACGAGCGGCUGCUCAUCGAGCGGGACAUCUUUGGCCGGUGUGCGCUGAAUGUCGUUGCCUGCGAGGGCGCCGACCGGGUGGAGCGCCCCGAGACUUACAAGCAAUGGCAGGUGAGGGGACACCGUGCUGGGAUGAGGCAGCUGCCGUUGUGCCCGGAGGUUGUUAAGGUUGUGAGGGACAAGGUCAAGAACUACUACCACAAGGACUUUGUCAUCGAUGUGGAUAAUCGGUGGUUGUUGCAAGGGUGGAAGGGCCGAGUACUCUACGCCAUGUCCACAUGGGUUGCUGCUGACGAUGACAAGUCCAGAUUUUAGCGCCUUAUCAUCUUCACUUCUUAUUCCAGAGUGCAGAUAUACUAGAAGGUAAUGACAUUAACACAGGUCCAUGUUUUAGAGUUACCAACAGAAAUCUAUGUAUGCCCCAGCAGCUUGUGUUCAGUUCAGUGAAUUUUCAUUCCAAGAUGGCUCGUUGUAUGGUAUAAAUAAGUAGAGACACAGUAUAGUGUCUUGUAAGGUUUAGAUGCUUAGAGAUGCAUAGGAGGAUUUAGGUUUAGAGUUAUGAACAUGCUGCUGCAGAGCUGUGAUAAUGUAGAGGCAACAAACUGAAGAACACUAGCUGUCUAGCUUUCUUCUCCUAGUGUAUGUUCUUUCUCCUGUAGCUGGCAAGCAAUUCUACAGAUCACAUGUUUGAUUUUUGACAGCGUUAAAAAAGCUGUGUCUCAUUUAACUUCACUAUCUUCUGUAUUGCCAAUUGUUAUACUA